GUGCAACAGGUAAGCUAAUUAUACAUUUCUGCUUAUGAGUCACUGCAAGGUGACCUAAUUUGCCUGCAGAAACUAUAGGAAAUGAGAUGAGUAAAUACAUUUGGUUAUCAAAACAAACAGAGGCAAUGUGUGUGGAAGUAGCAGAGGAGAUACUUGUUAUAAUUUAUAUAUUUCUUCUAUUCAAAUCUCAUAAUUGUAACACUUAGGUGAUACUAGCAACAAUGACACACACACAGGAUUUCAGAACUGUUACAAAAGAGGACUGAGUAUUUAUGCUCUAUUUGCAUUUUAUUGUGGAAGUAGGUCACUCAUACUGGUGACCUGCUUUAUAUUAUAGCUCACGGACACAUGAUGUACAGCCAAUCUCGAAAUAGCAUAGCUCCUCUCAGUCCACUUAGAGCACCGCCCAAAGCUAAAGACAAGCCCAUGCAAUGGGGAGACCUCAUUCACAAGGCACUGCACUACAAGUCAAAUUCCUGGUACCUGUUAGUCUAGUCUUUCUGAGUAAUGUUUAUUUUUUGUGCAUGUUUGUAAAGUGUGAAACUACAAGGCUAAGCCAAGCCUUCAUUGCUGCAUUUUUGUUGGCUUUUUUGCUUUCUGUUAUACGCCCUUUUAUCAAAUUAAACACACAGAAAUGGGAAGUAUUUGUGUUUGAACGAUAUUAUCACUUAACACCCUUAAGCCUUACUGUGUUUUUGAGGUUCUAGGUUUUCCGUUUGAAACAAGCAGUCCCGGCCCUUCUUAAAGAUCUGAUGCAUGGUAUCAGCUUCAUCUCAAUUUGUAUUGCCAUUUUCUGCUUACAUACAAUUUAUUGCAUGCUAAGAUUGAAAUGUGUGGUAGUAGACCUAAAUCUAGCUGGAUUCCCGCAUGCGUGAUAUUUUCACCAACAAAAGGGUGGUUCCAUUGCCUGCAGGCGGCAUUAAAAAAAGCAAUGUAACAAGUGGGGAAGUUCUCAGCCUUGGUUACCGUAACUGAAAGGCGAGCCCAGUUCACAGUAACAUGACGCCAACUUACCAAGAGGGUUACUGGGGGAAGAAGAACACCUAUGUUGUAGCCUGCUGGCAUUUAUCCAUGUAGCCACAGGGUGGCUGUCAGUAUUAAAAGGUAGGGUCAAAGAGGUCUGUUCCACUGUGACUGGCUUAACAGAUUUGGCCAAUUUAAAAUCAAGUUAUGCCCUUGGGUGUCAGGCCUGUAGUUAGAAUGGAACACAGGCUUUGGUUGUACUAUGUGUUCGCUUGCUAAAAUCCCCAGCUCCAGAGCAGUUUUGUUGUGUUGAAAUUGGCCCAAAGUGGAAAGCUAUGAUUAGAUGUCCACAUUUUUUCUCCUAAUUUCAAACCAUUAAGCGAAAAGCCAUAUGUAAUUAUGCAUUAGUAGCCAUGGGCACGCUGUGUGUUUCUUGUGCUGUGAAUUGGUUAAUGAAUCAUGCCCUGGUCGGCACGGUGUUCGUUUACUGUUGUUGCCACAGCACUGGAUAAAGCGAAGGCACGGGCUCUGGCAGUGUCUGACAGAUUGACACCUCUUCUAGAUGCUGCUGCAAGGCUGCCUUCUGAAACUAUAGCAACAGGGUUUCUGUGUUGACUUGGGCCGCACCUAUAUGGCGUGUGUGAGCGGAGAAUUCUGCCAGGCACAGCACCUCACCUCUGUGGAGAAGUGAAUCGGCCGCCCCCCGAGGGACUACGCUACCCAAAAACCCCCCUGACUGCCAGCACAAUAGGAACUGCUGACUCUUCCAAAGGCCCUCUGGGAUAUUGCGUAGUCCUUGGCCCGACUGCCCUGCCCUGUCCCAACCAAUACGAAAAACCUUUGCUUUCCAUUUUCUCCUUGAACAGCCAAUCACAAACAGCUCUCCUGAAUGGGCCGUCUCGCCAACAUGAACCGCCCCGCUGCAGUCGAGAUUGCCUACGAGUGCAUGAGGUUCCUCAUCACCCACAACCCCACCAAUGCCACGCUUAACAAGUUCACAGAGGAGCUGAAGAAGUUUCACGUGAACACACUGGUGAGAGUUUGUGACGCCACCUAUGAUAAGGCUCCAGUAGAGAAGGAGGGAAUACAGGUUGUGGACUGGCCCUUCGAUGAUGGGGCCCCUCCUCCCACUCAAAUUGUGGACGAGUGGCUCAAGCUGCUCAACACCAAGUUUCGAGAGGAACCUGGCUGUUGCAUUGCUGUGCACUGUGUGGCAGGCCUUGGCCGAGCUCCUGUCUUGGUGGCCUUAGCCCUCAUUGAGAGCGGGAUGAAGUACGAGGAUGCUGUGCAGUUCAUAAGGCAGAAGAGACGUGGAGCCUUCAACUCCAAACAGCUUCUUUACCUCGAGAAAUACAGACCCAAAAUGCGUCUGCGGUUCAAGGAUACCAAUGGCCACACCUGCUGUGUGCAGUAGGCUGCCUGUCAAUGCAUCUUUCUUAUGUGCAUCUAGUGGGGAAUCUUCCAACAAGGAGAGAUUAAAAAAAAAAAAAAAAAAAAAGAGGAAAAAAUGAAGAGAGUGCUAUCGGUAAUUAUUGUGAUGAUUUGUUAACACUGCGUCAUGGUAAAUUGAUCAGAGAGGAAGCGAGUGAUCGAAUGAAUGAAUACAGACCUGGGGAUCCACCAGCCGAACCAAUGAAUGGAAGGUCAAAGCACACAGACAGGCCCGCCUCCCGGUUAUACUGUUCAACCUUGGGCCAGAAUUUUGUCAACUUGAGUCCAUCCUUUUUCUUUUCAUUUCAUUUUUUUUUUCCCAGUCUGAUUAUGGGAUAACAUUUUCCAUUUUGUGAAUUUUAAUUUGUACACAAGCAAUGGUGAUGAGAAGUUGAAAUGCUAAAUGAUACUCUGAUUUUUAUUUUCACCAAUUAUUGAUAUUAUAAUUAGGCCAGAAUAAUGUACCUUUUUAAAAACAUUUUUAAACUUUGAACACAUAUUAUGACUGUCCAGUUUGGGGGUGUGUUGCACAAAAACUCACCUAGAAAUGCAGUAAUAUUUUCCUUUUACCCUUCACUUGCUUUAAAGUCACUUUCAGUUUAGGGGUUCACUGAGUUUGAAUAUGUCUGCAAUAUUUAUUCACAAGAUAUGAUAUGUGUGACAGUUUGGCAGGGGCAAGGACACUUUGUUAUCCAUUUUUUUUUUUAUCCUUUUGAGAGCCAUGUUUUGUUUUGUUUUUUAAACUUGUUGGAGUGCAAUAAUCAAUCCACCUCAGAUAAGCCCACCAAACCCUGCUGAGCAUAUUAUACACAUGAACAUAUACACUUUAGACACUCUUCCAAACAGAGCUCCUACAACAGGUACUUCUCCUGCUUUCAUUCAUGAAAUGGGCUACAAUAGGACUUCCCUAAAUAUGCAUAUUUAAACUCACACACACAGAGCCUAAGAUCCAAUCUGAAAGACAGUGCAGAGAAGAAUGAAAAUGGUCAGUUUUUUAUCAUUGUACCCAUUUUGACAACAUCCCCAAUUCGUAUUGGUUCUUUAAAGAUAAAUAAAUUGAAAUAAAAAGCAUACAUGA